AUGGCGUCGCACGCGGCCCGUCUCGUCUUCCUCCUCGCGGUGGCCGCCGCGCUCGCCGGCCGGUCAGAGGGCGGGUGGUGCCUGUGCCGCACGGACCUGUACGACGUGAUGCUGCAGAAGACGCUCGACUACGCCUGCGGCGGCGGCGCCGACUGCCGGCCCAUCCUGCAGAACGGCGCCUGCUUCGCCCCCAACACCGUCAAGGCGCACUGCUCCUACGCCGUCAACAGCUACUACCAGCGCAGCGGACAGAACCCGCAGGCCUGCCUCUUCUCCGGCACCACCUUCGUCUCCAACAACGACCCCAGCGCCAACGGCUGCGUGUUCCCUGCGACCCAGGGCGCUGCUGGAACUAACGGCACCACCGCCGGCGUUUACAGCCCGCCAGCGUUUGGCCAAGGUCCGAGCGCCAAUGACAUGAGCGGCGGCACCAAAAUCUUCCCGGUGGCCGGAACGGCGAAGCGGGCGGUGAUCCUGGCCUGCUGCUGGCUCCUCGCUCUGUACCUCAGCGCGUGA